CAAGCAGCUCAGCAGCAUCUAUGGGCCAGGAUUCCAUGUCCAGUACCACCACCACACCUUCCCCUACAUCAUCAUCCUCUUCACCGAGUCCUGGAACACCCUGUUCUUCCUCUUCAACAUCAAUCUCUCCCCCAUCACUGCCCCAGCCUACGGUCUCGGCUGCUGCGCUCUCUACGUCACAAGCAGUAUCAGCACAAGGAAGGAUGGUAAACAGUCACCAGAAAGAAAAGAGACACUCGCUCUCAGCUCUCUCAUUUUCUCAGAAUUCUCCACAGAGCACAGGCUCGUAUCGGCAUUCUAUGGAGGUCCUCAUCGGUUCGACAACGGACAGUACGUUUGGAUCUGAGUCUCAGAACAAGGCUCCUGGACCUCAGACUCCAGUGUCAAACAUGCUGAUUCCUCCAACUGUACCAACUCAG